UUUGUCGUCGAGGCCAACCACAGAGGUUCAUUCGAAGAUUUGUACCUCGCAUUGCUCGCCGCCUUCCAGGAAUCAGAGGAAGCCUACAAGAUUUGUGUCACUUCUGCUCGCGCGAAUGCGGCAGUAUAUAAUCGAGCCGAUCGCAUGAAAUACUUGCUCGACGAAGGUCACAUCGAUAUUGAUAAGAUAGAACUCGCUGCCCUGCUUGUUUCUCGAGGCUGGGACAUCAACCAGCGGCAGUUUAUACAUGGCACGUACAAGUUUCCAGCAAAUCAUGAGUCCGACAAGAAACUGGUACAGCUUGUUUGUCGUGACGACGAGAUGGUUCGUUGGUGUCUGAAACAUGGUGCAAUUGUCGACGAAACGGAUGAGACUCUGCUCGCAGAUGUCGCGUCGUUCGGAAGCACCGACACUUUCAAGCUCCUUCGUGAGCAUGGUGCGCCCAUCAGCGAUUCGACUUUACACAAUGAUGCCUGGCGUGCCAGACCUGAGAUGGUUACAUUUCUCGUAGAUGAGAUUGGCUUGGCAUGA